CUGGACAAGGUGGUGCUGGGAGCAGAGUGUGGGGACACCGAGCAGACACGGGCAUGGGGUGCAAGGCGCUGCUACUGCUGCUUCUGGGGCUGCUUCUGGGGACCCCCCGGGGCCAAAGCCAGAGUGAGGGGGAGCUCAGCUCAACAGAGAGAGAAGCCUUGAUGCUAAAGCACUUGCAGGAAGUGCUGCAGCUCCCCGAGGUGGAGGGCCAGGGCUCCCCCGAGGUGACACUCACGGAGCUGGGCCCUGACGGAAGCAAGGAGGGGGGUCAGGAGGAGGUAGAGGAUGGGGCCCAGGGCAGAGAGGAUAAAGCUGCCCCCAUGCAGCCAGCCAUGACCACGGUGCCCCCCCAACCUGAAGAGGAGGAUGGAUUAUCCUACAUCUUCUCGCGCCUGGCCAGCCUGGACACGGCUGUGCACCGCCUCAAUGUGCAGUUCCACGCCAUGGACGUGCGCAUGGCCCAGUUCUCUCAGGGCCUGACCCAGCUACGGACAUGUCUGGCUGAGGCCCAGGAGGUGCUCAGCGCCCUCAAUCAGACCAGCACCCGCAACCAGCAUGACAUCGGCAGGAUGGAGGGCUGCUUGCGGGGCCGGCGGACCCAGACCAAGUGCUUCCUAAUCUUCAAGGAAUUUGAGGGCUACGACCAGGCACACACACGGUGCCAGACACGAGGCGGGAACCUGGCCAUGCCAGCUGAUGCCACUGAGCUAGGCGUUCUACGUCGAUACCUCUAUGAUGCCUUCCAGCCCUCCAACUGGCCAUGCUGGGUGGGCAUCCAUGACCGACGGGCUGAGGGGCUGUGGCUGUUUGAGAAUGGGCAGCGUGUCUCGGUAUUUGACUGGUACAAGGACCACCUGGUAAGCCAGCCCAACGGGGGCAUGCGAGAGAACUGCAUCUCGCUCUCCUCCGACGAUGGCAAGUGGUGGGACAGCGACUGUGCCCAACGUAUGUACUAUGUCUGCGAGUACCGCCUGUAGUAGUAUGAGUACUGCCCUGCCCUAUGAGUACCCCUC